CCCAGCACCGCCCGGCGGCCCAUGACUUCCGGGCGCCGCCGUCGCCGCUGCAGCAUCCUUGAGAGCACCAGAAACAGCGUGGAUGAGAAACCGCUCGGCUGCCUCCGCGGCGGAGAGCCAUGAGCUGUCUGGAUGUUAUGUACCAGGUCUACGGUCCCCCGCAGCCUUACUUCGCAGCCGCCUACACUCCCUACCACCAGAAACUAGCCUACUACUCAAAAAUGCAGGAAGCCCAAGAGUGCAAUGCCAGCCCCAGCAGCAGUGCCAGUGGGAGCUCCUCGUUUUCCAACCAAACCCCAGCCAGUGUCAAAGAAGAGGAGGACAGCCCAGAGAAAGAGCGUCCACCUGAAGCUGAGUACAUCAAUUCCAGAUGUGUCCUCUUCACCUACUUCCAGGGGGACAUCAGCUCUGUGGUGGAUGAACAUUUUAGUAGGGCCCUUAGCCAACCUAGCAGCUAUACCCCAAGCUGUACCAGCAGCAAAGCUCACAGAAGCUCCGGACCCUGGAGAGCUGAAGGCACCUUCCCGAUGAGCCAGCGAAGCUUCCCCGCCUCCUUCUGGAACAGCGCGUACCAGGCGCCGGUGCCCGCGCCCCUGGGCAGUCCCCUGGCAGCCGCGCACUCGGAGCUGCCCUUCGCCGCCGACCCCUACUCUCCCGCCGCGCUCCACGGCCACCUGCACCAGGGCGCGGCCGACUGGCACCACGCACAUCCGCACCACGCGCACCCGCACCAUCCCUACGCGCUGGGCGGCGCCCUGGGAGCGCAGGCCUCCGCGUACCCGAGGCCGGCGGUGCACGAAGUGUACGCGUCCCACUUCGACCCUCGCUACGGGCCGCUGCUCAUGCCCGCCGCCUCGGGCCGUCCCGGCCGCCUGGCCCCUGCCUCGGCGCCCGCUCCCGGCAGCCCGCCCUGCGAGCUCGCGGCCAAGGGCGAGCCGGCGGGCGGAGGGUGGGCCGCGCCCGGGGGAGCCUUCGUGAACCCCGCCGGGGAAGUGGCCCAAAGCCUGGGCCUCAGCGUGGACUCAGGUAAGCGGAGGAGGGAGUGCAGUCUCCCGGCCGCCCCUCCGGCCCUGUAUCCGACUCUGGGUUGAGCCCCAGGCGCUCCCAAAUCCCCCCACACCCUGACUUCCCUUGCGAGACCCCCCCAGGACCAUGUGGCUGAGAGAUUGCAUGCCAUCAUUUGUUUCUGUGGGUAGACAUCUCUAGAGUGUAGCACCCUGCCCUCGGCCUGGCUUGGUGGUACAGAGGACUCUUCUUAUCCUUUGACUAAAGUUUUCGGUGGAAAGAUUCUAGUCUGCGCUGGUCAGAACUGUAGCCACUAACCACGCGUGACUACUGAGCCUUUGCUAGUGGCUGGGAUGAACAGAGAUGUGCUGUCAGGCAUAAUACACACUGGAUUUCCAAAACUGCAAAAGAAAAUAAUGUAAAACUUCACCUCGUUAACAUUUUAUACUGACUUUGCAUGUUCUGAUAUGUCCAGCAAUUGCCUAUUGGUUAUAUUGCGUUAAA